UCUCGUGGGGGAUUCCGGAGAUAAUCCAUAGCGUAUUUUUUAAUCCGGAAUACUGGGCUUUUUUCAUUGCAAAAACUUACACAUUUUCAUGAACCGUUUACGUGUUUUAAACUCUGGAUUAAUAUCAUUGUUGUGUGAGCAAACCACAUCAUUUGGUGUAAGAGCAUAGCAGAUCUCAGCAACGAUGGCCAACGAACACAUAUCCAACAGCAAAGAGCGUCUUAUACGGUUCCUUAAAACAGGAACGGAUAAAAGCUUUUUUCUGCCAGGCAAAAACAAGCACUUUCAGUAUGUUGGGAAUGCCAUGACCCAGAUGAUAAAUAAGGGCAGAGGUUUAGAAGCCGUAGAAUGCAUAAAAAAGGUCCACAGCGAGAAAUUGUUUCUUAAGUUAGACCCGAUGUUGAUGUUUUUAGCCAAUGCUUGUCACUCGAACAAUGACAUGGCAGUAAAGAAAGCUGCAUAUGCACUUGUGGAAAUUGUUUGCGAGACACCAGUAGAGUUAUUCAAAUGGCUAAAACAAGUUAAGACUUGUUCGCAGCUCACCAAGGGCAUUGGUCGUGGAUUACGAUCCACCGUUUCGAACUGGUAUAACUCUAAGGAUCCAAUGCAGGUGGCAGAGUUUGUGACUCGAUACAAGAAUGUUGGCAACUGGAGCCACAAAGAUGUGUUCAGACUUUGUCACGUGAAGCCGGCAAAUGAAAGUAUAGCCUUCAUCAUAAAGGUUGUUUGCAAGGGCCUCAAGUCAGCCACCGAGGCCUACAAAGAACCCUCAGCAGAUAUCCAGAAACUUAUCACAUACUUUGAGGCUGUUGAUUUCGUCCGUCACACGGAGGACGGGUUCGCUGCGGCCAUGAAGUUGGAAGAGAUGGAACUCCAUAAGGAACACAUCCCGGUGUCCUUGCUCUGUUCCAAAGAGAUCUGGAACAGCCUGCUGUUGAAUAUGCCCGUAGGGGAGGUGCUGUCUAGUCUCCCGGCACUCAGCCGUAGGGGGUUCCUCACGGUUCCCGACGGCAAAGCUCAGGAGGACCCCAUUGUUAGAGAGAUCUGCCACAAAGUGUUGCAGAGACUCAAGGAUAGUGAAGCCAUUGAGAAAGAAAAAAUCAGCCCUUACUUUAUCUACAUCGCGAUUCGCAAUUAUGUACAUGUGUUCAGUGAGGUUAAAACCUACCAUCAUGGUAAGGGUGGAUCAAGAAAACGUGAGAACCCAAGCAAUAACGGGCCAGUCUCCUCCUCUUCCCCAUCCCAAGGAAAGAAAAAGAAGCGAAAAGGGAGGAAAACGGAAGAAGGUCAAGGUGAUGCAGGGACUAUGGAGAAGAAAGAAGAAGCUGGAAUGACUGCCAAGGCUCGUGCUAAUAACCCCGAGUUGUAUGACGCAAUUCACGAUGCUUUUAAGGUCGCAGUGGAGAAGAACACUCCCACUACGGGCAAGUCGUACCUGCUUGCAGUGAAAACAGCAGGCAGCGAGUUCCAGAAAGGCAUCCGAGGCACUCCGUCCAUCUCUGCGCUGGAGGUCAUGUCGUUAAUGGCAACCAUCUUGAAGAACAAGGAAAGGAAUGUGGAUCUAGGCUUCUUCACCGCUACGCUGUCCCCCAUGAAGUUUCCAAGUGAGCUUGACAAUAUCAUCGAGGAGAUUUAUAGCCGGGCCGUGCCGGACCUGACGCUGGCAUGUGACCCUGCUGCACCAGUGACCUGGGCCCUGGAGAAGAAGAAGCACUAUGACGUGUUCCUGGUGAUGUCUGACGGUGCAGAGACUCUGGGGGAGGACUCCCCUGCGAGCAAACUGCUGGAGUAUAGACAGCAGAUGAACUUGCCUGACACCAAAAUGGUUCUAUGUGGAUUGGCAGCUCCGAAACUAGACUUUGCCCAGGCCAGCGGUAUGUUGGACAUCGGGGGCUUCGACGCAACAGUUCCCUCCCUUAUACACCAGUUUAUCACUGGAAAGCUAGACACACUGUAGGAUAGAGAGAGAGAAUUCCUGGACUUUCGAUGAUUUCCGGAAAUUUCAGCCCAUGAAAGGAUAGAACACAGGAUAGAGAAACAUCCUAAAAUUUCGAUGAUUGGCUUAUAUUUAAGCCAAUUGGUUGUUUUUUAUGUUGAAAUUCGAUUCCUUACAGAGGUAAAAGGAUUAACCACCCAAUGUUGAUUUAUGGCUGAUAUUCCUUCCUUAAAAGAUUUGAGAUGGUACAAAUCAGUGUUGCAUCAUCAUUUGUGGUGUUAGGUGGACAUGCUUUAGAAAAUGGUUUUUCAACUACUGUAUGUUACAUUAUACCGUGCAAUAAAACAAAACAAAAACUGAGACUUUUCUUGUUGGGCUGAAGUAAAUUCAUGACAUACAGUAGAUUCUGUUCACUUGAAUAUCCCAUUGGUAACUACCAAAUGUUUAAUUUUUAUUCUCUCCCAAAAUUUAUUUUGGGGGGAGCAUAUAGUCGCCACUGCGUCUGUUCGUGUGUGUGUCCAUCCGUCCGUGCACAAUUUUUUCCCGGGCUAUUUCUCAGCAACUAAUGCCCGGAAUUCAAUGAAACUUAUGGGAAGCUUCACUACCAAGAGGAGAUGUGCAUAUAAUCAGUGGGUUCUGGUCAGAUGAUUUUUCACAGAGUUAUGGCCCUUUGAAAUUUUCUAUAAAAAAUUCUUGUCCCCCCAACUACUGUGCCCUCAAGACGUUUCCUUUUAUUUGAAUAUAUAGUGCAAUAUUGUGACAAAAAAAACCUUUGCGGAGCAUCACCCAUCUCUGACUGUUUCUUGUUCUUAGUAUUCAUAGAUGGAGUAAGUUAUAUUCUCAUCUAUUUUACGUUUUAUGCGAUAGAUAUUGGUCUUAUUUGUUGUAAACGUGUAUCAUAUACUAUCAAACAAUGUGAUUUAUAUUUUUUAAAUGCUUAGACAUACAUAAUUUAAGCCUUUUUUUUCUACUCUUAAACCUGUUCUGUUAUUGAAGACUCCCGUGUUUGCAAUGUGUUUGGCCUGCAGAUUACACCUAUUGCCUGUCAAUAGACACAGCAUGCAAGUAUGGUGUGAAAUUGACAUUGGCUGUCACGUAAGUGUGCUGGUCUAAAACUGGAGAUCAUUGGCUGUCAUGUAAGCGUGCCGGUCUAAAACUGGAGAUUUGGUGAGUCUGAUAUGCAGUUAAGUGGAAUCUAUUGACUUUUGUGUUACCUUUAUUUAUCCACUUGUAUCAUGAAAGACACGGAAAAGCAACUAAAAGCGAGAAUUUUACCAUUAAGUCACAUAUGGGCCAGUGGCAAACAAACACCCAUGACAAAUUGGCGGGAAAUGUGUUUUUUAUUUAGCCCGUCUGCUUUCUUUCUAUCAUGCUUUUUUGAAGCAAAAGGACUGUUUGCUUCAUUUGGGACACAAUCUGCUUAUCUGUGACACAUCUGGAUGUUUUAAGUUUUGCAUUUAGAUGCAACAUUUUAGAUUACGAAUAUUACAAGUAAUUUACUGUGUAAACUUACUUCUAUGUGUAAUUCGGCGAAGAAAUGUGUUCAUAUUUUAAUAAUGAAAUAUUUUUGUAUUGUGACAAAGUGAUGUCUUUAUUACAAAUGACCACCCAUAAAAGGUUUUAUGAAAUUGUUAACAGUUAUAUCACUUAUUGACUUAUUGUUAUUGAAUAUGUUUAUUUAUUGAUUUUACAUGUCAUUCAUUACAAUUGUUUUGAAAUUUUGACAAUCUGAAUUUUGCUUUGGUAUAGUCUGGUUGAAUGUAAAGUUGAAUGCCCAUUAAAGUCAAUCAUCUUUUUUAUGUAAAAAAAAGGAGAUUGGAAAUUCGAUUUUCUUGUGUUUUGACAUUGGUUUACUUUUAAUUUCGUCCAAAGGCAAAACAUACCAUGUCAUUCAGUUCUUGGAAUUGUGUAUCACUGGGUAACAGUAGUGUUACUAAAAUAUAGGCUGGUAUUAUUGUUUUCAGUUAUAACUAAGUGGGCAUAAUAUGGUUGAGUUGCUCAAAAUUAAUAGCCCCUAGUUCAUAAGCAUUUGGAUAACAUGGCAUUGAUUGAAAUCAUAAACUCAUAACUAUCAUUAAAAAAACUAAUGACUAUUUACAUAUAACAAGGUAUUCAAACUUAUCUCGCCCUAUUGAUGUCCAUUUCACUUAUUGUCCCCUUCCGGUGAAACCAGAGGGGACUUAUGGUUUGAGCUCUGUCUGUCAGUCUGUCACACUUUUCUGGAUCCUGCGAUAACUUCUUCAUAUUUUGUCAUGAAACUUGAAACAUGGGCUGAUGGCAAUAAGGAAAUUAUGCACGUCAUUUCAUUUUGUUCCUACGUCAAGAAUUCUGGUUGCUAUAUAUAAAAAAUAAAUCUGAAAAUAGUGGAGUUUCACCGGUAGGGGACCACAUUCCUUGGCAAUCUCUUGUUUCUAAUUCUUCAGGCAUGCUUUUGUCAUUUUUCUUUGAUUAAGCUAGCAAUGCGAAUGUCUUCUGCUCAGUGAAUGUGCAGUUUAUUUGCAAUGUAAUAUUGCCUUACCGUUGUUAUUGUAUGUUUGUUUCAUAUCUGUUGCUGGUUUAAGUUGUUGACUAAUAUAUGCAUGUUCUGUAUUGCAACAUGAAAAUUGUAUUCCCCACAUUUGUAUUGAUUUGUACAAUAUAAGCAGUGUUGGGAUAUAUUUUUACUCGUAUUUAUUGAUUUGUAACCAAUACACGUAACCUUUCCAUAGACAAUUCCUAGGUCUUUCAUUUUUGGUUUGGGCAAUUUUUAUCAAUGUGAUGCCUUUAUGACCAGUUUUGUGAUUUCAUGAUACAGAUUUUGAAAGUUGUAUUUGCAUCAGUUGUGGGAUCAUGGUUUUAUAGUGUGUGCACAAUUAAAGAAAUUCAUUUCCAUUUGCUGAAGUUGUUUCUUAAGAAAUAUGAUACAUUAUUUAAGAAAUUUUUUAAAAUUGAUAAAAUGUAGCGGUAUAAGUUUGCAUGUACCGGUAAUAAGCUAUUUGUUGAGUAAUAUGUAAUAAAUAUGGAUAGUUUUUACAUACAUGUAUUAACCCAUUACCACUUAGAAACGUAUUUUGAUGCAUGUGUAGCCCCUUAGAAAGUUACAUUUAAUUAAAGACCUUUCUUACUAGAUUCAAGUUUUAAAGGCUUCAUUUCCAACCUUUAGAUACUGAUGAGCAGCAAACAGCAUAAAACCUGAUCAGAUUGAGAGGUACUUGCAGGCUGUUCUGGUUGCUCGUUGCAUAUACAUGUAGCUGUUCUGAUGUUAUGCUGUUUUCAGAUAGCCAUCUUCACCUCUGAGUGGGAAAGGGUUCAGACAUUCAACACAGUUUGCAUGAAAAUAUAUUAUCCAAUACAUACUUACAUUACACAAAAUUAUGCUGGUAUUUUUUGUGCAUUGUUAAUUGUAGUAGAACUGCAAUUUUUCAUCUUUAUUGAUUGACAGGGAUAUGAUACAACAUUUUGAAUCAUUAUGCAUUUAAUUUAAGUAUUGAUUAUGCAAUUUCAGUUUGUAUGCUUAAUACAUUUUAUAUUUAUUAUGCCAUCCUUCGAAGAAGAGGGGUAUGCCCCCCUUCGAAGAAGAGGGAGUAUAUUGUUUUGCACAUGUCGGUCUGUCCGUCGGUCCAUCCACCAGAUGGUUUCCAGAUGAUAACUCAAGAACGCUUAGGCCUAGGAUCAUGAAACUUCAUAGGUACAUUGAUCAUGACUGGCAGAUGACCCCUAUUGAUUUUCGGGUCACUAGGUCAAAGGUCAAGGUCGAAGUUACUCGAAAUAGUUAAACAGUUUCCGGAUGAUAACUCAAGAAUGCUUAGGCCUAGGAUCAUGAAACUUCAUAGGUACAUUGAUCAUGACUGGCAGAUGACCCCUAUUGAUUUUCAGGUCACUAAGUCAAAGGUCAAGGCCACAGUGACUUGAAAUAGUAAAAUUGU